GUCUAGAACAUUACCAAGGAAAUGCUGGAAAUCAUAAACCGAGAAAAUCUCGGAAAACAAAUGAAAACAGGGCACAAUUCUUACCAAGCUAUAAAAAGCAGAGCAAACACAAACAUUACAACCCAACAACAAUGGCUUCAACGGUCCAAUCACACCAAUGAUCAAAAACUUUCUUUCUAGACUCCUCUUUCACUUUCUCUCUCCUCCCAUUUUGUCCAUUUCUUCCUUUUUUGAUUAAUUUAUCAUUUCCAUAAUCAUCAUCUCGCCGCCUCUCUGUUUUUUUUAACCUAAAAGAUUGGAAAAAGUUUCAAUCUUUAUUCAUAAAUUUAUUAAAAAACAUUCUGGGUUCUUAAUAUUAAAUUCUGGGGUUUAAUUGCUGAAAUUUGCAGUAGUUGUUAUGGCGGGAAAAGAUAGAGAUGAUACCCAAUUUGAUUUGGAAGAUGAACAUGAUUUAGAAGAUAACAGGGUUAAUAGUUGUAGCAGUGAUGAUAAUGAAGAUGAUGAUAGUGAUAAAGAUGAUGACAAUGUUGAUGAUGAUGAAGGUGAAACUUUUAUCUCUCAAACUUGGCCUCAGAGUUUCAGAGAGACAACGGAUUCGUAUACACUUGCUGCAUCCCCAGGGUUUGGACUGCUUGGUCGAACUCCUAGCUUGAUUAGCUUUCGCAGCAGAAGUAACAUAGAUGAUGAUGGAAAUAAGACUCCCUUGCUUUCUGAACAUGGGAGCAGAUACCAGAAAGAAGACUAUGACAAGUUGUCGAAAGUUUCAUCGAGGAUAUCUGCUUUAGGAUCCUUGCAUGAACAUCUUGCUGGAGAGCUUCCAAUUGGUCAAGGAUGCACUUUCACUCAAACUGUAUUCAAUGGGAUAAAUGUUAUGGCUGGAGUUGGGCUUCUAUCUACUCCGUAUACAAUAGAAGAAGCUGGUUGGCUGAGCCUGUUAUUCUUAUUCCUCUUUGCUAUGGUAUGCUGUUAUACAGCCUCACUUAUGAGAUAUUGCUUCGAAAGUAAGGCAGGGAUUAUAACUUAUCCAGACAUUGGUGAAGCUGCAUUUGGAAAAUAUGGACGUCUAUUCCUAUCAAUUGCCUUGUAUGUGGAGCUAUAUUCAUAUUGUGUAGAAUUCAUUAUAUUGGAGGGGGACAAUCUUACUAGGCUAUUCCCUGGGACUUCGUUAAAUUGGGGUGGCUUUUACCUUGAUUCAACACAUGUGUUUGCAUUGCUCACUGCCCUUAUUGUUCUACCAACAGUGUGGCUGAAAAAUUUACGCGUAAUUUCUUACCUUUCAGCUGGUGGAGUUAUUGCAACAGUGAUGAUUGUUUUUUGUGUUCUGUAUCUUGGAACGGUUGAUGGGCUUGGCUUUCAUCACACAGGAAAACUUGUAAAUUGGAGUGGCAUGCCCUUUGCUAUUGGUGUGUAUGGAUUCUGCUACUCAGGUCAUUCAGUUUUCCCCAAUAUCUAUCAAUCAAUGGCUGACAAGAAACAAUUCACAGCAGCAUUGAUAACCAGUUUUGCUCUGUGUGUUUUGAUAUAUGGAAGCGUUGCUGUCAUGGGAUUUCUUAUGUUUGGCGAGGGCACACUAUCACAAAUCACUCUAAACAUGCCAAAGGAUUUGGUUGUUUCUAAUGUUGCACUCUGGACAACUGUGAUCAACCCAUUUACAAAGUAUGCAUUAUUGUUGAACCCACUAGCUCGAGGAAUAGAGGAGCUGUUGCCAGCCCAUAUUGCUAACAGCAACUGGUGUUUCUUUGUGCUCCGGACAAGUCUUGUUGUUUCCACACUUGCUGUAGCUUUCUCAGUUCCAUUUUUCGGUCUUCUGAUGGCUUUAAUCGGUUCGCUUUUGAGUAUUCUUGUGGCUAUGAUCUUUCCAGCUCUAUGCUUUUUAAAAAUUAUGGAUAAGAAGGCUACAAAGAUGCAGGUGAUAAUAAGCACUGCUAUUGUCGUGUUGGGUGUUGUCAGUGGAGCCUUGGGGACGUAUUCUUCAGUGAAACAGAUUAUUGGGAGUUACUGAUGCGUAGAUAUGACAUGACUAUUGACUCCAGUUUUGGCUUGCCAGAGGGUUGUGCUCUAAAAUUCUUUAAAAAUCUUUAGCUGCUCGCAAAAGAUAUAUGUAUCCGUACAUAAACUUAGAAAAUCUUCUGUAGUCUUAUACCGAUUGGGUGUAAGGCUGCAUAUAGUGGAUCCUCCUCGAACCCUACCUUAGUGAAUUACAACUAGGUGUGUGGGUGGUGGACUGGUGAUGGUUGUGGUUGUGGUUGUGGUUGUUGUUAACUUGUGUCGUAAACUUUUAGAUAACUACAAAGUACAAUACUUUUACAUAAUGCUAGCCACAUCUCUUGGUGGCAUAAAAUUGAGUUUU